GAAUGUAUUUUAAGAUGAGUUAGGGGUUAGGGGUAAAAUGGAACAUUCAACCAUGGAAAUGCCUGGGUUUCUGUGGCAAGGAACACAAUGUACGUUUGUUAAAAGUAAAGAUACAAACAUCUCGUACGAUGGAAUAAACCCGAGUUGUUUGUUACGGUUGGACGAAGAAGGAAUGUUCGUUAUGUGGCAAUUUAACAAUCAAAAGGAGGUGCAUGUGUUAGAGUGUUCCAAUUUACGUGAAGCUACAACUGGUAUACAAGCUAAGGACAUAAAAGGUACCAACGAGAUGAUGACUCAGCGUAUAUUGACAAUAUUUCACGGACAUGAGAUCAGUAAUUUGGUCGUCGUGCAGUUUGUUCUCAAGUCCAAUGAAGAGGCCAAGGUAUGGGCAGACAACAUCACGAAAGUGUCGUACGAACUUAAAUACCGACAUUUAUCUCCGCUGUCUAUUAUGAGGAAACAGUGGAAGCGUAUUUAUCUUCCAAUCAACAACAAAGGUUUGAUUCCCGUCAGAAGGCUGGUGAAAAGUUUUACUUCCGAUCGAAACGAGAAAGUGGUUUUACAAAAGUUGAAAACCUGCGGAUUAAUUUAUGGAAAAAAAGACGAAAUCAGCCAAUCAGAAUUCUCGUUUGAGUUUUAUCAAAAACUUUACAAUAAGAUGUGUUCGAGGGGGGACGUGGAAAAUAUAUUCCAUGAGAUAUCCCACAAUGACAUCAUAGACAUAGACGCGUUGGUUGAAUGGAUGAACGACAACCAGCGCGACCCGCGUCACAACGAGAUCCUCGUCCCCGCGUUCGAUCGUAAACAAGCGGCAAACAUCAUUCAGAAGUUUGAACCUUCACAAAGAAACAUCAAGAAUAAUUGUUUAUCAUUGGAAGGCUUUACAUUAUACCUCGCAAGCGAUGAAAAUCCCUUGAUUUAUUUCGAUAAAAUAUCACUUCACGCCGACAUGGAGCAACCAUUGUCACAUUAUUUCAUCAAUUCAUCGCACAAUACUUAUCUAACAGGUUUCCAGAUUCGAGGGAAAUCUUCUGUUGAUAUUUAUCGGCAUAUACUAUUGUCCGGUUGCAGAUGUAUAGAGUUAGAUUGUUGGGAUGGAAAAGGUGAGUUGCACGGGGAGCCCAUAAUAACGCACGGGAAAGCCAUGUGCACCGAUGUUUUGUUCAAGAAUGUAUUGGUCGCCAUUCGUGAUGCUGCAUUUGUGACAUCACAGUACCCUGUUAUAUUAUCGUUUGAAACGCAUUGCAGCAAACCCCUCCAACACAAGAUGGCGAUGUACUGCAGGGAAAUAUUCGGCGAGAUGUUGUUGGACCGGAACCUCGAGUCGCAUCCGUUACUCCCGGGACAACCCCUUCCAUCGCCCCAUCAACUUCAACGGAAGAUUUUGAUCAAAAAUAAAAGAUUGCAACCUGAUGUAGAGAAAGCGCAACUUGAAGAUUUAAAGUCGGAUUCGGUGACGUGGGGUGAUGAUGAUGUAACAGACGAGACACUAGAAGAGGCUCAUCCAGAGUUGCAAUCAACGAAAUCUUGUGACGAUACGAAACUAAAUAUUUCAUCGCAAUCUUGCAUGUCCGACAUAUCGGUUGAAUCUAAUAUCGAGAAGGGACUCCUUAAACCUCUAGUGGCAACAAAAAGCAACGAUUCUACAAAGAAAUCUUCGAUUCGAAAACCAGUGGAUGGCGAUGUAGAGGCGGACCUCAUGCUCGUGUAUUACGCUUACCAGAAAACAUCGGCCACAAAUAUCCAUCCUUCACUCUCCGUCCUCGUUAAUUAUUGUCAAUCAGUUAAAUUUCCUGGUUUCAAGAAAGUACAAGCUGAAUCAGAGAAAUGUUGUUUUCACAUGAGUUCAUUCAGUGAGAAUGGCGGGAUGAACUACAUCAAAUCAAACGCUGUGAAUUUAACAAAUUACAACAAAUCACAAUUGAGUCGUAUUUAUCCUCGAGGUAAUCGUGUUGACUCGAGUAAUUAUAUGCCACAAAUAUUUUGGAACGUGGGUUGUCAGCUCGUUUCACUCAACUAUCAAACGUCAGACCUUGGCAUGCAGCUCAACUUAGCCAAGUUCGAAUACAAUGCAGCUUGUGGAUAUUUAUUAAAACCGGAAGCUCUUCGUCAAGAAAAUAAAUCGUUCGAUUGUUUCGCUGAAUCAACAAUUGAUGGCGUUAUUGCUGCUCAAUGUGGUGUUAAGAUAAUAUCUGGUCAGUUUGUUUCCACCACAUCAAGUUUCGUAGAAGUCGACAUGUAUGGCUUACCUAACGAUACAAUUCGUAAAGAAUUCCGAACAUCCAUUGUUGCCAACAAUGGUCUUAAUACAAUAUAUAAGAGCAACGAGUUUCUGUUUAGAAAGGUUAUAUACCCCGACCUAGCAAUGCUACGUUUCACAUUAUACGACGAUGGUCGACAACUUAUCGGUCAACGAGUUGUUCCAUUGAAUUCUUUACAAACAGGAUAUCGGUACGUACCAUUACGAUCACCGGGUGGCGUACCACUUGAUUCAACAACAUUGUUCGUCAAGAUCAAUCUCAAAAGUUACGUGCCCGAUAAUUUACUUGGUGAGUUGCGUGAUGAAGAUUCGGUUGCGAUGAAUGGAAGUUGCUGUUUGUUUCAGUUUUUACGAGGUUACCAUGGCAACGAGGAACACAAUGAGCAACGAUUUGAUAAAAUAGAAGGGGAGUGUGGGACGGUGAAAAGAAGAGCCCUCGUGUCGGCGCUAGAUGCAAUCCACAAGGAGGCAAUAGAGAGCAUGAAGCAAAAUCAUAAAACUGAGAUGACAGAAUUAACAUCAGAUCAAACAAAGCAAUGGAUGGCUCAUUCAAAACAAUUCAAUAAAAAUAAACAAAUUCCUUCAGCCGAGCGGGAACGAAGGGUACGAGAGUUGAAAAGUCAGUCGGUUAAAAAGUUUACGGAUCAACGAUUAAAGUUGAGCAACAAACACGGGAAACAGUUGGAAAAGUUGGAACUAGAUCAGAAAGAAGUUUCAACAAGAAUCAACCAACAAAUUGAUAAACUAGUUUAGAUCCACUGUGUUGUCGGUGUUAAUUGUUAAGCCAUUUGCACAUUUUGUUUUUAAUGGUCGCUAAUUUAACGGUUGCUAUUUUUAUAUUUUACCAUGACUUCAAUACCUUUCUUCAAGUGUUAAAAACCUCAUGUUCACAAUUUUAAUUUAUUUUGGUUGAAACACACCCAGCUUUCUUCAGCGUAGAUAUUUCUUUGUUUGUUCUUUUUACGCAAGAGUGAUUUUUGUUGAAUAACUUUCCAUGCAGUGUUUAUUACGUCAUAAUCGAUUGUAAUCAUGCUUUGUUUGCGACAAUGAUUUUAAAUAUGACGUCAUAAUU